AUGUGUCGCUCGCCGUCGCCUCUGCUCGACCCCGUCGCCGUCAGCGAGGACCUGGCGCCGCUGCCGAGCCUCAAGCAGGCCGGAAGUGCCACCAUCGAUUUUGACGGCCAGCUCGACCGCCCGCUCAAGUACCACGAGGAUGUGCGGACGGGCUGCGGCGGGCAGACGUGGCCCGCCGGCCUGGUGCUGGCCAAGCACAUGCUGCGUUAUCGUCGACGUGAGAUUCAGGACGCGACAAUACUGGAGCUCGGCGCUGGCGGUGGCUUGGUUGGGCUUGCCGUGGCGCUGGGGUGCAGCAACACGGCCAAGGGCUCGCUGCUGCUGACGGACCAGGACGAGAUGCUGGGGCUGAUGCAGCACAACAUUCAGCUCAACGACGUCGGGUCGAGGGCCACGGCCCUGGUGCUCAACUGGGGCGAGCCGCUGCCAGCGGUGGUGGUGCAACGGCGGCCCAACGUGAUUCUGGCGGCCGAGUGCGUCUACUUCGAGCCGGCCUUUCCACUGCUCAUGCAGACGCUCAAGCAUCUCUUGGCGCUCAACGACGGGGCCGUCGUCUACUUCUGCUUCAAGAAGCGCAGGCGUGCCGACCUGCAGUUCAUCAAGAUGGCCAGGAAGGCGUUUAUCGUUGAAGAAAUCCCGGACCAAGACCGGCCGGUGUUUGCGCGCCAACAGCUAUUCCUCUUCAGCCUGAGGAGCAAGACCAAGACAACGGGGGGCUAG